CCACAGCUGAAGAAGCUGGAUCAGGCCGUGUCUGCCGCUCACACCUUCUUCGUCGCUAAUCCCCAGCAUCUCCAAAUGCGGGAGGACAUCGAGAAGUACCAGCGUAUGUCAGGGGUGAAGUCAAACAGCUUCCGGGAUCUGGAGGCCAUGCCACACUGGGAAGCAUAUGAGGCUGGUGUGCAGCACUACGAUGCAGAUGAGUACGUGCUGGCCAUGGCCAAGCUGGAGGAGUCACUCACAGAGGCCCUGUCAGCACUGGAGGACUGUCGUGCCCUGUGUGAAGGGCCGUGGGAGGAUGAGGACGAGGAGGAGGACAUGCAACCUGGGCUGUAUGAAGCCAUUGCAGCCCAUUAUAUUCAGGUUUUGAAGUGCAGACAGCAGUGUGUCCUUGAAAUUGCCACAAAGCCGGGGCGGAUUUCUGCCACGGAAGAUUUCAUACCCUCUCAUCUUGAUUUACUGCAGUUUGCCUACAAUCAAGUUGGGAACCAGACACUAGCUGCUGAAUGUGCUGCUUCCUACUUGCUUUUCUAUCCCACGGAUGAGCCCAUGUUGGAGAAAAUGAAACAGUAUCGCACAGAACUGGGAGAGGACACAGCUGUUACAGCCAGACAGAAUAUUCAACACUAUGUGCAGAGAUCUUUGAUGGAGAAGAAGUUGAUUUAUUAUUCAGUGGAACAUCUAGGAGAAACUUUUAAUGACCCUGAUCUUUGGACUCCAGAUGAGCUUAUUCCUGAAAACCUAAAGGAGAAAUACAGAGAGGAUCAGGAGAAGCAAAAAGAGGAAAGUCUGGAUAUGGAAGAGAGGGAGAAGAGGGGCCCUUUGCCUUUUGAGGGUAUUGCUGUCACGAUGGAUUCCCACCAGAUGAAUGGAACCCAGAGGGUUGUGUUUGACAGAGUGCUGACGGAGUCUGAGUGUAAGGACCUUCUCCGACUGACAAAGGCAGCAGGAGAAGCAGGAGAUGGCUACCGGGCAAGACGGUCCCCUCACACCCCACAUGAGAGAUUUGAAGGGUUAACUGUUUUGAAGGCCAUGCAGCUGGCCCAAAAUGGGGACGUGGACUGGAGAGACGCGAAAUUGCUUCUGCAGGCUAGUGAGAAAUCUCGGAAAAUCAUAGAGUCCUAUUUUACCCCUGGAAAGAAACUCCAUUUUUCGUUCACACACCUUGUGUGUCGCACGGCAGUAGAUGGGCAACAGGAAGGUCGCAUGGAUCUUAGUCAUCCUGUCCAUGCUGAUAAUUGUCUCUUGGAUCCUGAGGGGCAAGAGUGCUGGAAAGAACCACCUGCCUAUGUAUACAGGGACUACAGUGGCAUUCUCUACCUCAAUGAUGACUUCCAAGGUGGGGGCCUUUUCUUCACUGAAGUGGACACUGUGACUGUCACAGCCGAGGUGCAUCCUAAGUGCGGGAGGCUGGUGGCCUUCAGCUCUGGCAAGGAGAACCCCCACGGCGUGUGGGCAGUGAGCCGCGGAAGGCGCUGUGCCAUUGCUCUCUGGUACACACACUCCCGGGAGCACGCGGAGCAGGAACGGGUGAAGGCAGAGGAGCUGAUGGAGCAGAAGGCUGUGGAGCAGGACCGGCUUGAUGGAGAAAAACGUCGGGGGACUGAUCGCAGCAGCAGAUCCUCCUCAGAGCCUCCUGUUCACAACAGUGGAACCAAGCCUGCAAAUCGGAGACAGAAGCCUGGCUCAGACAGCAAGCAGCACCCCAAGGUGCUGCGGGCCAGAGAUGAGUUCUGAGUACGCAGGGCCCUGAGGGCAGGACUGGCACACACCAUGGCCUGGCAGGUCAUGGUAGGACCGGGACCAUCGAGGCCUGGAGCAGUGUAGUAGCAUGCUAGAGCUGUAGUGAUGGAAAGGGAUGCAGCUUUCUUCUCUGUGGUGUUCCAGCAGCUGAAAAAUGGGAGAAGGGCAGAGUGUGGAAGUCAGCGGCACCUGGAACUUUUUUCACUGCCUCACCAGUUUGUGUCACUCAGAAGUAAGAAGAUAAGGUCUUCUCACCCCACUCCUCUCAGUGCCAACUUUUUGGUCAUCCAGGGCUAAAUCUGAAAGGGGGAGGAGGAGCCUGGAGUCUUUCAGGAAGGGCUGUCUCACAUUUAGGAAUUCAAAACUGAAGCCUUUGACUUUCCUAGGCACCUGCAGAUUCCAGAACCUCACCACUGGUCUGAGACAGGGAAGGUGAGGAACUGUGAAUAUAUGGAAUAAAAGCGAAAUGCUGGA